AUGAUGAAUCGCGAGUUUCAGGAUGAAGUUCUGUCUACUUUUGUGGCUCCCCGUCCUCUGCUCCAGCUACGUGGAGUCGUCGCCGUUCGAGGUAAAGAGAACUUAAAUUUUUUUUAAAUUUUUGAAAAUUUUUAUUUAAAAAUUUUAGGGGGCUAGCCAUAGCCCUAGCCUUAGCCCUAGCCCUAGCCGUAGCCCUAGCCGUAGCCCUAGCCCUAGCCCUAGCCCUAGCCCUAGCCCUAGCCCUAGCCCUAGCCCUAGCCCUAGCCCUAGCCCUAGCCCUAGCCCUAGCCCUAGCCCUAGCCCUAGCCCUAGCCCUAGCCCUAGCCCUAGCCCUAGCCCUAGCCCUAGCCCUAGCCCUAGCCCUAGCCCUAGCCCUAGCCCUAGCCAUAGCCCUAGCCCUAGCCUUAGCCCUAGCCCUAGCCCUAGCCCUUAGCCUAAGAUCGAACCAAGUUGUAGCCAGAGCUUUAGUUUCAGCCUUAUUCUAUCCUUUAGCUGGCCCAAACCCAUAAAACGUAUUGCUGGUGCCAAUUAUAAACAUAAUUCUUUAGAUCUACUGGAACGUUCCCUCCUAUCAAUGCCGUAAGCACUUCGACCCAGAAAAGUAUUCGAUGGUCACAAAUAAGGACCAGAUCUUUCGAGGUGAGAAGCUAGUCGUCUUCUACGAAAAAGAUCUUGGUUUAUAUCCUUACUGUGAUGACCAACAGGAAAGUGUGGAGUCAAACAAGAGUAUCAAUGUCAAUUGUGAAAAACCAGUUAAUGGUGGAGUGCCUCAGGUAAAAUUUUAAUAAAAUUUUAAUUUUUUUUGAAAUUUUUUUAAAAAUUAGAAUUAAAAAUUUUUUUUUUAAAAUAAGAAUUAAAAAUUUUUUUUAAAGUUUAAAAUUUUGAAGUUCUUCGAAAUUAAAAUAAUUUUUUUUUCAAAUUUUAAAAUUUUUGAAAUUUUUUUUCGAAAUUUGAAAUUUUAAACUCUGAAACUUUCAGGAAGUAGACCUAAACGCCCAUAUAGAAAAGGUACGACAAGAUGUAGCUCUCCAUAUUCCUGACCCAGACUUUGAUGGUUUGGCUAUUAUUGAUUAUGAGCGAUGGAGACCACUGUUCGACCUCAAUUGGACCACUAGGAAGAUAUACCAAGAAUAUAGUAUCAUGCUUUUGAUGAAAAAGUACCCAGAGUUACCUAGAAGCAGUUUGGCAUACCUUUCUCGAUACCUUUUUGAAUAUCAUGCUAGGUGAGAUUAGCUUGGGUAAAUAAUUGUUUUUGGAACAAAAUGUGAAAAAUCGAUAACGAAGUGUCACAAAAAUACAAAAUGUCAGUUUUUGACACUUAUUGAUUUUUUAUUGACUAAAACAUUAACUUUUAAUAAAUUUAAAAAUUUUUUAUUUUUAGAAAUUUCCUGCUAGCGACAAUAAAUACCGCACGAGAAGUGAGACCGAAAGCAAAAUGGGGCUUCUGGGACUAUCCUCUAUGUGAUUAUCGAUUGAGUCCAAAUGAAAAACAAUGUCGAGGGCAUUAUAAGAUCAUCAAUGAACAGUAAGUCAAAAACUAGGCUGCAGUGAGCUUUAAUGGGCAGGCAAGGGUGCGGAGUGUGAAUGAAAAGAUUCUUGAUUAUUAUAGGUUGUAUUGAAUACAAGGCAGGGAAAGGUAAUAGUUGAUAUAUAGGGCAGAGUACGAUAAUUUAAGAAAAAGCAGGGCAGGGUAAUAGACAGUAAUGUAGAGUAAAGUACAUUAUAGCAGGGCAGCACAGGGUAAGGUAGGAUCGAGUAAAGUAGGGUAGGGUAGGGUAGGGUAGGGUAAGGUAGCGUAGGGUAGGGUAGGGUAAACUAGGGUAGGGUAGGGUAGGGUAAACUAGGGUAGGGUAGGGUGGGUAAACUAGGGUAGGGUAGAAAAUAAUGUCUUAAGAACCAAUCUUUUUAGGCUUUUGUGGAUGUUCAAUGCCUCUGACAUUAUCCUACCACCUGUCUACUUUUAUCGACCAGAAAACACAUUAGACAGGCAAAGAUAUGUCCAUGCCAAAAUGACAGAAGCAGAAUGGAUCAAUCAAAAACUAUAUCCAAAAAAACUGCUGGUAUAUGCGUAUGCAAAGUUUGAAUACAAUGUGCUUUACAAUGAAACGACUAAAGAGACUAACUACAACUACUAUAGUAAGGUAAGAUAAUAUAAAUCAAUUUCAAUGUGAUGAAAUGCCAAAACCUACUUUAGGCUGACGUCUGCAACUCCCUAAAAUACCCCAUGGAAAUGGGAGCUAAUGGAGUCAUACUGUGGAGUACUUCAAAUUACAUGAAAACACGGUGUAAAAGCCUAGGAACGUUCAUUGACACUGUUCUUGGGCCGUUUGCCGCUGCUGUGAAAAGGAAAGCGGACAAGUAAGUGCACUCUACCCUACCCUAACCCUUAUACUACUUUGCCCUAACGUAUCUUGCAGUAUAUUACCGUAGUCUUUCCUACCCUAUAUGUACUAUGUUUAAAUUAUCUUUGUUUUACCUUGUCUUCUGUAAAAUACUGACCAUUUCUUUGACAGGUGAAAUUCCUUACCAUGUUCUACCCUGUCCUACUUUGCUUUACAUUUACCACCCCCAACUUCAAUAAAUUUCAACUUUUCACAACUGACAGCCUGAAAAUGACAUAAUAUUUCAAAUUCAGAUGUUCGCAAAAAGAAUGCAAUGGGAUUGGUCUGUGUGUGGCCAAGGACCGUCUGCCUUCGGCCAAAUGCGAGCUGGCCCAAACCGUGGAGUCCGAGUGUUUGUGUCCCAGCCCUUAUAUCGGACCACAAUGUCAGCUACAGCCAUUCCCAUUGCCUCAGGCCUUCAACGACACUGAAGACAUUUCUUUUGACAUUUUGUGA